AUGGUGACAAAUGCAACAGUAACCGAAUUUGUUCUCUUGGGCUUCUCUGAGAGUCCAAGGGUGCAGACCAUCCUUUUCUUCAUUUUUCUCACCAUUUACAUCACAACCUGGUUGGGGAAUUUGACAAUUAUUGUCAUUGUGAUUGUAAUGCCUCAGUUCCACACACCCAUGUACUUCUUUUUGGCCAACCUUGCUGUCAUGGACAUCAGUGACUCUACAGUGACUACAGUCAAAAUGCUGUGGGGUCUCAUCUCCCAUACAAAUUCAAUCUCCUAUCAUUGGUGUACAGCCCAGAUUUUCUUCUUCCACUUUACUGGAGGCGCAGUGGUUUUCUUCCUCGUAAUAAUGGCUGUUGACAGAUACAUAGCAAUCUACAAACCACUGCAAUACGUACUCAUUAUGCAUCAAGGUGUUUGCAUUGGGUUGGUUGCAGGUGCUUGGCUGGGUGGCUUUGCCCACUCUAUUGUCCAGGUAGCACUGAUACUUCAGCUGCCUUUCUGUGAGCCCAAUAUACUGGACAAUUUCUACUGUGAUGUCCCUCAACUCAUCAAACUGGCAUGCACAGACACUUACGUCACAGAGCUGCUGAUGGUUUCAAACAGUGGAUUGCUUCUCACACUAAUCUUCUGUAUCUUACUUGCAUCGUACACUGUCAUUUUGGUGAAGAUCCGAACACAUGUCACAGAUGGGAAACACAAAGCCCUGUCGACCUGUGCUGCACAAAUCAUAGUCAUGAGCUUCAAUUUUGUCCCAGGAAUGUUCAUUUAUGAUCGUCCUUUCCAGGUGUUUCCAGCAGACAAGAUUGCCUCUGUCUUUUAUACUCUUAUCACUCCAAUGUUAAAUCCGAUGAUCUUUACUCUGCGAAACAGAGAAAUGAAAGAUACUAUUAAAAAAAUGAUUAGAAAAAUGAUUACUUUUGUAAUCAAAGAAUAA